CUCAUGUGACCAAUCAUUCGGUUUGACGGAGCGACCGAGCAUGGUGGCAUACCGAACUGCACGGGUGUAGCCAGCUAAUCCAUAUCACAGAUGAAGGCAGCUACUGGAAAUGAACAGGACUGACAAUCACUGGAAUGUUAAGUUAGCUGUACCAGCUAGUUAGCGAUCAUAGGACAGUUGAGGAACCACCAUUCCCCAGCCAACGUUGGAAGCUAAGGUUAACCUAUCAUGGACGCAAAUAUGAUGCCGAAGUUCUCUUCGAAAGACGAGGAAAUUGAGUACUGGAAGGCGCUGUCCCUGAAGUACAAGAAUAGCUACCAGGAGGCGCAGGAGGAGCUGCUGGAGUUCCAGGAGGGCAGCCGAGAGCUGGAGGCGGAGCUAGAGGCCCAGCUGGGGCAGGCGGAGAGCCGCAUGAGGGACCUGCAGGGCGAGAACGAGCGGCUGCAGAACGAGGUCGAGUCCCUCAAGGAGAAACUAGAGCAGCACUAUGGUCAAAGCUAUAAGCAGAUCUCGAUGCUGGAGGAUGACUUGGGCCAGACGAGGAGCAUCAAAGAGCAGCUCCACAAAUACGUCAGGGAGUUGGAGCAGGCCAACGACGACCUGGAAAGAGCUAAGAGGGCUACGAUAGUGUCGCUGGAGGACUUUGAGCAGCGUCUGAACCAGGCCAUUGAGAGAAACGCCUUUCUGGAGAGCGAGCUGGAUGAGAAGGAGUCACUCCUCGUGUCCGUACAGAGACUGAAGGAUGAAGCAAGAGACCUGAGGCAGGAGCUGGCAGUGAAGGAGCGGCAUACGGACGUCAGCAGGAUGUCAGCGCCCAGCUCGCCCACGCUGGACAACGACAAGAUGGACUCCGCCGUCCAGGCCUCGCUCUCUCUCCCUGCCACGCCGCUCGCCAGGAGCUUAGACAACGCCUUCGCCAGCCAGAAAGUGCAGUCCAAUGGCUGUGCCAGCUCAGCACUGACGCCGUCCGCCAGAAUCACGGCCCUCAACAUCGUGGGUGACCUCCUGCGGAAGGUUGGGGCUCUGGAGUCUAAGCUCGCCGCAUGUCGGAACUUCGCCAAAGACCAGGCGGCCAGGAAGAACUACGCCACCAACAGCAACGGGAACCUGGUCAACGGGGACGUCACAAAGUUCUCGCACGCGCUCCACACGUCCUACUUCGACAGAGCCAGGACGAUAAACGGAUUGGAUCCUGGUGCCCUGACUGUUAUCUCCGCCCCGACCGCUUCGUCACCGUCUGCUCUAGUGCCCCUCAGCGUGUGAUGUGUGUGUGUGUGUGUGUGUGUGCACUCACACACACACACACACACACACACACAC